GACGAUGAAGAGAAGGACGGCGUGGAAGGGGACAACAAAGGUACACCUAAGGGCCGCAAGAAGAUCCGCAGGAUAAUCUUAGACGAGCACCUCCGCUCAGAGACCCAGAUAGCCCUGAAGGAGGAGGAGGAGAGAUGCAGACGCCUGGCAGAAAGAGAGCAGAGGGAGGACUUCAGAGAGGUACACUACACACAGCUGACCCUCUCCAUGCACACUCACUGUAGAAUCCAUGCACUCUCAGAAAUGUCAUACUGCUACUCGAUUUUAUUUGAUUAAAUUAUAUAUUAUAUAAUUUUGUAUUAUCAGUUUUUGUCUAAUGGUGGUUUCCUCGCAGGUGAUUGUUUUUAAGGAUGAGGCGUCUCACUUGGCCUGUCCCAUCACCACUAAGCUGGUCCUGGAUCAGGAUGAGGGGACCAAGGAGCCACUCAUCCAGGUGCACAGGAACCUGGUGACCAGGCUCAAGCCUCACCAAGUAGAUGGUAAGUCUCGGUUUUUAUUUCAGUUGUACAAACCCAAUACAGUGGCUAUCAGCAUUUCCCCUUCAAUUUGCUGUAUCUCUUCCUCCUUCUGAUAGGUGUGCAGUUUAUCUGGGACUGUUGUUGUGAGUCUGUGAAGAAGGCCAAUUCAACCUCUGGAUCAGGCUGCUUACUGGCCCACUGCAUGGGCCUAGGGAAGACACUGCAGGUAAAAGGAAGGGAACAGAAGGCGUGUUAUCAUAUGCAUAUGUCAUUCAUAAAACAGUAUAUUUUGUUAACAAUACGAGAGACUAUACUGAACAAAAAUAUAAACGCAACAUGUAAAGUGUUAGUUCCAUGUUUCAUGAGCUGAAAUAAAAGAUCCCAGAAAUGUUCCAUACGCACAAAAAGCGUAUUUCUCUCACAUUUUGUGCACAAAUUUGUUUACAUCCCUGUUAGUGAGCAUUUCUCCUUUGCCAAGAUAAUCCAUGACAGGUGUGGCAUAUCAACAAACGGAUUAAAUAGCAUGAUCAUUACACAGGUGCACCUUGUACUGGGGACAAUAAAAGGCCACUCUAAAAUGUGCAGUUUUGUCACAGAACACAAUGCCACAGAUGUCUCAAGUUAUGAGGAGUAUUUAUGUCUGUAAUAAAGCCCUUUUGUGGGGGAAAAUUCAUUCUAAUGGGCUGGGCCUGUCUCCCUAGUGGGUGGGCCCAGUCAUGUGAAAUCCAUAAAUUAGGGCCUAAUUUAUUUAUUUCAAUUGACUGAUUUCCAUCUAUGAACUGUGACUCAGUAAAAUCUUUGAAAUUGUUGCAUGUUGAGCUUAUAUUUUUGUUCAGUAUAUAAUACUAGAAUCUCUUGCUUCAAUAUUUUCUCAUGUAGGUGGUGACAUUUCUCCAUACGAUGCUGCAGUCAAAGUGCAUGAACUUCAGGACUGCCCUGGUGGUGUGUCCACUCAACACCAUCCUCAACUGGGUCAACGAGUUUGACAAGUGGCAAGUUGACAUGGUUGCUGACAAAGUCAAGGUAGCCAAGAAGAUUUUGAGUUUUUUUUUGUGUCAAAUACAUGCAGAGGUUAUUAAAAUGUAAUGUAGUAAAUUCAAGGUAUUUCAUGUUUCUUAUUUUCCAUCUCUUUCAUCUUCCUGUCGCGACCUCUUAAUUUCUCUCUGUUUCUCCACACGCUAACACACACCUCGUAGGUGACAGAGUUGGCCACACUGAAGCGACCACAGGAGCAUUAUAUUGCCCUGCAGAGAUGGCAGAAGGAUGGUGGUGUUAUGAUCAUGGGCUAUGAGAUGUACCCCAACCUCACUCUAGGCCUCAAAGUCACCCACAGAAAAUUCAAAAAGACCUUUGACAGCACACUGGUCGAUCCAGGUACAUCCUCUACCAAUUAUAUGCAUGUGAAGUGUUGAGAGGUACGCACCAUUUUUAAGUAGUAUAAUUGAUUGGUGUUGAAACUCUAAUACACUACAUUUGUUGUACUCCAGGUCCAGACUUUGUGAUCUGCGACGAGGGUCACAUCCUGAAAAACGAGGUGUCCAACAUCUCCAAAGCUAUGAAUGCCAUUAAGACCAAACGGAGGGUGGUGCUGACAGGCACACCACUGCAGAACAACCUCAAUGACUGUAAGGAGGCCUGCUUCUGAUUGACCACAGCCUUUCCAUUUAAACUACUACUCUGUGAGCAGUAUGCCAACUUUUGGCGAAGUUUGUUCAUGUUUCAGUUUUAUUAUAUCUAAAAAAAUAGAGUAGUUAAAGUUGUAGUCAUUUUUUAUAUGUUUUUGUUUUCUCAGACCACUGCAUGGUCAACUUCAUCAAGGAGAACCUUCUGGGCUCAAUCAAGGAGUUCCGGAAUCGCUUUAUCAACCCCAUUCAGAAUGGCCAGUGUGCAGACUCCACCCCCAGAGACGUCCGCAUCAUGAAGAAUCGCACCCAUGUCCUUCAUGCAAUGUUGGUGGGAUGUGUACAGGUGAGACAGCUCAAUUACUAGGAGUGUAUGGCACCUUUAUUUGUAGUUUAUCAGAACCACUGAUUAUGUUUUACAAGUAUUUGUUGCAAAGUUCUUUGUCAGUUUCCAGUGGAUACACUUAGUGUAUUUUCCUCUCUGUCAGAGAAGAGACUACUCAACCUUGACCAAGUUCCUGCCCCCUGAACAUGAGUAUGUUAUGGCAGUGAGGUACAGACUGUAUCGCUACUACCUGGACAACUUCACUGGUAAGAACCUCCAUCGU